AUGAAAAUGAAGAGGUCGAGGAGUGAAGUUUUUGGUUUGAGGAGGGUAAAACUGCCACAUAUUUUGUUUGUUAUAGCGGCAUUGUAUUUGAUCCUUGUUUGCUUCAAGUUCUCUGCUUAUUUCGAGACGUCGACCACUACUGAGGAUGAAGCAGUUCGGAGAGAUCAGUUAGAAGUCAGUAAGCCAUCGUUAGGAUCUGCAUACGAGGAUGGAAAUAGCGAGGCGUUAGAAAAUGAUAACAGAUUUGAAAAAGUGAAAGAAGAGAAGAAGUUAGAAGAGGAACCUGAUGAUAACUUUAGGGAAAGGUUAGAAAAUGGUAGCAGAAUUGAAAGAGCGAGUCAAAAAGAGAACGAUGAUAGUUUUCCACCUAUUGAUCUUCGAUAUGGGAGAUUAACUGGUGAUAUUUUGAGGCGAAGGCAAAGGACUCGGGAUAUGACUGGAUUGGAGAAAAUGGCAGAUGAAGCUUGGAGUUUAGGUUUGAAGGCAUGGGAAGAGGUUCAUAAGUACAACGAGAAGGACAAUGAUUUGACUUCCAUACUUGAAGGAAAGCAAGAGCAUUGUCCUCCAUGGGUAUCAAUGAGUAGUGAAGAACUAACUAAAGGAGACCGAAUCACAUUCCUUCCCUGUGGUCUUGCUGCAGGAUCAUCAAUUACAGUAGUGGGAACCCCUCAUCAUGCUCAUAACGAGUAUGUUCCACAGCUUGCAAAAAUAAAAGCAGGUGACCCCAUGGUUUUGGUUUCCCAAUUUAAGGUCGAGUUGCAAGGGCUAAAGUCUGUAGUUGCAGAAGAUCCCCCAAAAAUUCUGCAUCUCAACCCUCGAUUGAGAGGUGAUUGGAGUCAACAACCUGUCAUUGAACAUAACACGUGUUACAGGAUGCAAUGGGGUACAGCUCAGAGGUGUGAUGGUUUACCUUCAAAAGGCGAUGAUGAUAUGCUUGUUGAUGGAUUUCAAAGAUGUGAAAAAUGGUUGCGUAAUGAUGUUGUUGAUUCAAAAGAAUCAAGAACAACAACAUGGUUCAAGAGAUUCAUAGGACGUGCACAAAAACCAGAAGUGACAUGGCCAUUUCCUUUUGUGGAGGGAAAACUGUUUGUUUUAACAAUACGUGCUGGAGUUGAUGGAUACCAUAUAAAUGUUGGAGGAAGACAUGUGACUUCAUUCCCAUAUCGUACAGGGUAUACACUUGAGGAUGCAACAGGAUUAGCAAUUAAAGCUACAAAUCACUUUGCUGAGCGUAUGGCUAUUAGGAAAACAUGGAUGCAAGCUUCUGCCAUCAAAACCUCAGAUGUUGUUGUUCGCUUUUUUGUUGCAUUGAGUCCAAGAAGGGAGCAAAAUGCAGUUUUGAAAAAGGAGGCAGCUUAUUUUGGAGAUAUUGUUGUAUUAACAUUUAUGGAUCACUAUGAGCUUGUGGUGCUCAAAACUAUUGCCAUUUGUGAAUAUGCGGUUCAAAAUCUAAGUGCAUCAUACGUAAUGAAAUGUGAUGAUGACACUUUCACAAGGAUGGAUAUAAUCUUAAAAGAACUCGACCGGGUCCCACGUGAACAGUCUCUUUAUAUGGGCAAUUUGAAUCUCUUUCAUCGCCCUCUCAGACAUGGCAAGUGGGCAGUUAGUUUUGAGGAAUGGCCUGAAGCAGUGUAUCCACCUUACGCAAACGGACCAGGAUACAUAAUUUCCAGUGACAUUGCCAAUUUCAUCGUCUCUCAACACACCAAAAGAAAACUCAGGAUAUUUAAAAUGGAGGACGUGAGCAUGGGAAUGUGGGUGGAGCAGUUCAAUAGCAGCAAGAGUCGGGUUCAGUACUCGCACCAUGGGAAGUUUUGUCAGUAUGGAUGUAUGGAUAACUACUACACAGCACAUUAUCAGUCCCCUAGACAAAUGGUGUGUUUGUGGGAUAAUUUGGCAAACGGAAGACCUCGAUGCUGCAACUUUUAGAUGAUUUUCAAUUUUCGUUCAUGUAAUAUGGUGAUGAAAAUCAAACCAUGUUAUGUUUGUUAUAUGAUUAUUUUGUGGGCAAUAUAGGUUUUUAGGAUCCUUGAGAUUCAGAUUUGUAGUAAUUCACAAUUUGUACGAUUAAUUUGUAUAGAACCAAUCACGUCUUUUUUUUUUUUUUUUUUUGGUACCAAACACUAAUCAAUUUUACUUCAUGAGAAUUUUUCCAGUUUGGUGAUUAACAUUUUAACAUAAACGAUCUCAAAAGUUAAAGUGGACUUGUUUUUAUUGGGUAAAAGAUAGGAACCAAAUUUAUAAUUUUGUCUUAAAAGAACAUUUAGAAUACCUGCUAUGGUAAUUUUGGAGUAUGUAAUUUGCCAACAAAGUGAA